AUGGAGCCUACCCGUGACUCUUUGUCCUCCACCGAACGCCCGUCCAGCGAGAAGACCGUCGUCUUCUCUGCGUCCGCUGAGCCAAUCGGAAAGUCCGCGAUCCAUAACUCUCCGUCCUCCACCGAACCCGCGUCAAGCGAGAAGAUCGUCGUCUCCUCUGUGUCUGCUAAGCCAAACGGAAAGUCUAUUGCUUCCUCUGCGAUGGCGAUGAAACCUAGCGCGCAUGCGUCUGUUGUAACCGCCAACCCGAUGAACCGUGUAGCUUCCACGGGUCUCUCAUCCGCUCAUGGCGACCAAGUGAUGUUGUUCAGGGAUGUUUCACUGGGCCCACACGAAGCCGAGAUGAGGUUCCGACUGAUUCACCUCUGGGAGGCUCGAAAUCCAAAUACCAAAAUUCUUAUUGGUCAAGAGAUGCUCCUUAUCGACGAAGAGGUUUGGAACUGUUAUUCAGGGUUUGUCCCGGCUGGUCGUGUAGGAACAUUUGAUCUCUCAUCUGGUUCCGUCUAUAAGUUGACCAACUUUUUCGGUUCCAGAAGCAAAUUUCAGUAUCGGGUUGCUGAUCAUAGCGCCACCGUCUCAUUCUCUUGGAAUUCUUCUUUGUCGGUUCUUGAGAAUCCUCCGGUUCUCUUUCCAGUAGAUCGGUUCAGGUUCCACAGCUACGAGAGUUUAGGGCCAACUGUGACUCUAAGGGUGAUCUUUAUGCUGGUGAAUGGGCAAACUAUCACUGACCACAUUGUUCUUGACGAAGCUGAUAUAACAGAGAAGCGGCAUCUGUGUGUUCAUGUUCAGUCACUGGACGGACCAGUGAUGAAGCUCUAUCUAUGGGACCAGGCUGCAUCCGACUUCUGCCAGAAAUUCAAAUCGUAUGGAGGGACUCCAAGCGUUCUUCUGGUCACCACAGUGAACCCUAAGCAUCUUGGAGGAACUCUUGCUAUCACUUCUAUGUCUUCAUCUCGAGUGUUCAUGGAUUCCGACGUGCAGCCUAGCAAGGACUAUCUCGAAUGGUUGAGUUCUAACGCAGAAAUUGCUAAUAGGGUUGCUGCUGAGGUUGUCACUAAGCCUGAGGCAGUGACUCUUGAGGAGCUAUUCACCUACAUCAAGCAAGAAACUUCAAAGGUCGCUUGGUUUGAAUGCACUGCAACUAUAGAUGAUGUUGUCAGUGGUUCUCCUUGGUAUUACAUUUCUUGCGGUGGAUGUAACAGCAAGGCUUUUAAAGGUCCUACCUCUCUGAUUUGCAACAAUAAGAAGUGUGGGAAGAGUGAGGUCACAGGCGUUCCUCAGUACCUCACAAAGAUAUCAGUUUAUGAUAAGAGUGAGCAAGCAGCUUUUGUCAUUCUUGGCGAUGCUGGCAAAGAAUUGAGUGGAAAACAUGAUGCAGAAUUGGUUGCUACUUAUUAUGAGUCUAAUGAAGGAGCUGGAGCUGAACAUUGUGUGCCGAUCCCGCAAGCUUUACUUGACACGAUAGGUCAGACUCGCAAAUUCAUCGUCAAAGUCUCGGAUCACAAUUUGUCAGGCAAGACUCAGACCAUAACUGUCACCAAGAUUCUCCCACUAGCAACUACUUUUCCAGCAACAUCCGAGGAAUCUGGUGCUUCCAGUGGUUUGGGAAACUCUGCAGGUGAUAGGGCUAGAAAAGCAGCUGAGAUUCUUGAGUCAGGUGAGGCCAAGCGGUGCAAGAGUGGCUGA